GGGAGGGAGGGGGCUCCAGCUCGCGCUCACAUACACAACACAACUACUAUGUAACAGCCACGUAAUAUUCAUCCACGGGGGUUUACGGCAAUAAAAAAAAUAUUAUAAUCGACAGAGUUUUUAAAAAUCAGGAUGGCAUUUCCUGUAGAUAUUCUGACAAAUGUGGAUCACGAGACCUUAGAGCUAACAGCUGAGGAAUACAUGUCACAGCUCCCCUACAAAAAAACUGAGUACUUCAGCCUCUCUGAUUCCAAACAGAUAGAAAUUGGACUCUGCAAUGUGAGUUUUGUCCCUCUAUAUGGAACAGAUUCUGGAAAAAAGCUCCUUGCGUUGUUCUCACCUGAUGACUCUAACACAGUUGUAGGUCUGUAUUUGCUGGAUCGGUGGUGGGGGGUUGAAGAUGUUCUUAAAACAGCAGACCCCUCAAGAACAGGCCUGAACGAGGUCAGCACACUUGGGGAAAGGAUAGCCCUAUAUGUUCUCAACAGAAUUGUGUUGAGAAACGAGAAGAGCAGUGAAGACGUUUUCUUUCUCUGUCAUUGUGAGCAUGAAGCUGCAAAAAUACUAUGGAAGGAUGGAGAGGCCAUUGGCUUUUACUCAUUCAAACCCAAAGGUAGCUUAUGCAGAAACUUCGUGACCCAAUGCUAUCAGCUUCCUGUAAUGGAUACAGUAUUUGUCAGGAAGUGUCACCGGGGCCAGGGUCAUGCCAUAAAGAUACUGGAAGACUUUGUUGGUAGCUUCAGAAAUGAGUACAUAGGGUUAAAAUAUCCUCUUUCAGAAGCUAUGUAUAAAGUUUGUGAAAAGUACUUGAGUAUAUAUCCAGCAGACAAGGAGCUUCUGUGGGAAGUAGAGCAUAUAGGAUGCCCUUUCCAGAGAACUCUAAUAGCCAACAGGCUACAGAAGUUGAAGCUAAAGGAGAAGGACCAGGUUGUGAGCGAACUGAAUUUUGACGAAGAUGAUGCCACUGCUCCAAUGGAAAUUGAGAUCACAAAGAUUCGGGAAACCACUGAAUAUACAAUGGAGAUUGCGGAGGAGACCAUCAUAGACAUCACUAAAGAAGUGGAUGACAUACCUGUCACAAGGCGUGGCAGAGGUAGCAACCUGAAACGAAGAGCUAUCAGAGAACAUUCAGAGGAGAGGCUUUCAGAAAACAUAAUCAGGGUGGAAGACAUUGAGGCAGGAGUAGAAAGUUCAGUCGAGGUGGCAGCCUUGGAAAAUCUUAACACCUUUUCUGUAAAAGAAUCAGAAACAGUACUCAGGAGCUCAGUAGACACAGUAACUGCAACUGUGACAGACCUUUCAGAGUUUAGAGGAUCACAAAAAGAGGAGACACGUGAAAUUGAAGAAGACAUUGUCACAGCUACAUCCGAGGGGAGUCCAGUCAGCCACCUCACCACAGCUGGGGAAAUAAAGAACCAAAGAGGUAGUAAAGAGGAAUGUGAAAUGGUUAUUAAUGAGUACACUGUAGAUAGACAAGGAGCCACUAUAGGGUCUAUUGACCAAAAUCAACUUCAGUCUGUUGUGGACGUAGAAAUUAUUAAGAUGAGUACAGGAACUGAAGAAGAAAAAAAUGAAAAUUUAGGGAAGAACGAAGAGGUUGAGGAAGAUGAAUCAGUGUGUGAGGCAGAGAUGGAGGAAAUAAAACAAAUGUCAGAUGAACCAAAAGAGGAAAAAACUGUGAGUGAGACCGAGGUGGCUGAGCAAUCAGAGACUCAUGCUAAAUCAACUGAAAAAGUACAAGCACACUGGGAUAUGGAAAUAACAGAGAAUAAAGAGAGAGGAGAAGAUGAGGUUAUGGCAGAAAGUGAAAAGGACCUAAUUGAGAAAAACAGAGAUGACAACACAGGCCAAGAGAAAGGUGAACCAAUAGAUGAAGACACAGUUCUGCGACAGUCAGUGGAUGUUAAAGACCAGACAGAGAUGGAGGCAGAUUCUGUGAGAGAGGUCCUUACUACUGAAGAGGUCUUAUGUGACCAGCCCAAACAAAAUGAAGCGGAAACAGAAGUCUUUGAACCAAACCAAACAAUGACAAACAAGGAUACACUAAUUGAAAAAGCAAGUAAACAUAUAUUAGGCCCUGAUGAGGCAGAACAGGCCUUCAACAAGAGCAAAUUACCUCAAAAGAGAACAUCAGGUUUAACUUCUUCAAGGAGGUCCAAAAGACUCAGGCAUCAGCCUGCUGAAAAAGAUCUUACAACUACACAGUCUGUGAAAACAGGCCAACAAGGAUCCAAAUAUCACAGCAAAGUAAUGAUGCAAGAUAAAGAUACUGAACAAUCAACAGAUGAACCUGAACAUGAUGUUUCUGAGGUUAUGGAAAAGAUACAUGAAACUCAAAUUGAAAAUAAGGCAGACGCAGAGUCUGAGGUUGAGGAAUACAAAGAAAAACACAUGCCUACAGUGGAAUCUGUGUCUUCUAUGGACGAUGAAAUUACACAGGUUGAGGAAACUGUAUUUCCUGAAAUGUCUGAAUUAGUGGAAAGAAAAGAAACAGAUCAAGAAGAAGCACCAUCUGUAGAGCCUCCUGAGAUACAGGAAUCAAAAACAACCCCUAAAGAGGAUGAGGAGACAGUGGAGAAUAGCACUGUGACGUUGACAUUGAGUGAAGCCAGAGUUGUGCUUGUAGAUCUGCAUGAACUUUCUCCUAAGGAGGCAGGUGAUAAUCAUGGAGAGAUCAGAAUUCCUGAACAAGAGGAAAUUAAACUCGCCAUGUCAUCUGAGCUACAAGCAACUGAAGAAAAUAUGAGAAAAGAAGAGCAAGAUGGUACAUUAGACGCAAAACCUAUGGAAGAACCACCUUGUACUACUACAACAGAAGGAUAUGUUGUAGCAGUUGAUGCCAACAGAACACCAGAACAAUCAACUGCAUAUAAAGAUCAAGAGUAUGAGCCAGAAUCAGAAACCACAGAGGCUGCUCUUCUAAGCCAAGUUGAGAAACCAGACAAAACAGACACUGAACAAGAUAAAGAGGAUAAGCAAGAUUUGUAUAAGGCAGACAAGUUUCCCAAACAAGGCAAACAAACUCAAAAGAAAGGCUCUAUUGACAUCCCAAGUAGAUCCACAAAGCUUAAAGAUCAGCCUGUUGACCCUGGGGAGACAGUUAGAUGUCUUAGGAGCACUUUGAAACCAGUCAAGAUCACCCCUGUUAGGAGAUCUACACGUAGCAAAGCAGUUAUUCAACAGGAAAGUGUUGAGCCUCAAGUUGAUGUAAAACUCAGGACUGGUGAAAACCCUGAGAGGGAUGAACUUAUUGCAGAGGAUGUAAGUCCAGAGGAAAAUGAUAUGACAAAAGCAAAUGAUGAUGAAACUACACAUGUUGAAUGUGGAAGUUCUGAACUCCUCAGAACUGCAGAAAUAGAUGAUAAAGAGAAAGAACCUCAGAUUACAAAGGUUAUUGAUGAAAUCCCACUUAUAGAAACAGAAGCUAAGGAGGAUGUAUUAGAAAAAAGAGUUGAAGACAUCAAAACUAUUGAGAACAAGGAAGCAAAUUUAGCUGGACAAUUGGACAGUGAAAAAGAGAUGCCAAUCAGCACAGAAAGACAACUCAGACAUAGAACAAUAAGAGUUCAGACUCCACUGAUAAAGAAAUCUAGAUGUGUACAAAAACAAAAUGCUGAAGCAGAUGUUGAACAACAGGAAAUAACAUUGGUGAGCAAGAAUAAAACUGAUACAAUUUUGAUGACAAAAGAGGGAGAGGAUGAAAUGGAUAAAGAUGUCAACAAGAUGUUGGAACCAGUGGAAGAACCAAACAUGAGUGGAAAUGAAUAUGAAAAAACAUAUAUAACAGCAGAGACUGUGGAUGCAUGUAUGCCAGUUAUUACAACUGAGGCCAGUUUGGAAAGUCUUGAUGAAAUAGUAAACACACAUACUGAGGAAACCACAGUUCCAGAGAGUCCCAAACUACCUUUGGGUGUAGAAAUAGAUGAUCAGGAGAAAAUAUUUCAGAUUGUUGAUGGUCCUGAAGAAAAUGUCUCACUUGUAGAACCUGACAAGGAGGUAGAGGAUGGUGAUGGUACUCCAGUAAUAAAAUUACAAAGAGCCACAGUAGUACUUGUGGAUUUGAGCAAACAUUCCCAAAACACAGAAGGAGAGGUUGAGGCUUCAGAAGACCUGACACAUUUCCAAAUAGAGGAAAAACUGGAACUGUAUGAACCAGAUAAAAGUGAACAAGAACUGUCUAAUCUGGCAUUAGAAGAGGAGGAACAACAAGAAGAACAAACACAACAAGAUGCUGAAAAUACCCCUGAGGAAGAGAGAAUGGAGGAAGAAAACACAGUUGAAAAGCAGAACAAACUCGAUAAACAAGAUGUGACAUUUGAAGAGCAAAAUCUAACAGAAGAUUUGGCCACAAUGUCAGCUGAUGGCAGCCUGGUGGAAAAGAAUACAGUUGAAAACAAACAGAAUGAGGAUGAAGGGGUGAGCGGUCAUGCCAAGGGGAAUGCUGUUCAAGAAAACUUAGAAGAGGAGGCACCAGUCAGCACACAGCGAAGUCUUAGACGAAGAACAAAAAGAGUUCAGUCUCCACCAAGAAGCAAAUCUAGACGUAUACAAAAACAAGGGGCUGACGUUUCUGAAGAUAAAACGGAAAUAGUGCCAAUAACAGAAAAGGAAGCUGAUGAAGUGGACCAAGGUGUAGAAAUAGUUGAUAAAGAGAAAGUGCCUCAAUCAUUAACUGUAGAUGCUACUGAGAAGGUGAUCCCACUUGUAGAAGCAGGAUCUGAAGUUGAUGUCAUAGAAAAGGGAGUUGAAGAAAUCAACAAUUUAGAGAACAAGGAAGCAAAUUUAGCGGUGACAAAAGACACAGGUGAGGAGACAUCUGAGGUGGAAGAAGAAGCCUCUUUAGAGCAACAGCAAAAUAAGCCAUUGGGUAAAAAUGACAAAGAAACAGCUGAGACAGAAACAUCUAUGGAGUUCGCCCAAGUGGUUGGCAAAGAGCAAACAUUCAUUGUGGGGGGGACCACCAUCCAAAGAGAAAAGGAGUUCUCACAAGUCUCACUUGUAGAAGCAGAACUUGAUGAGGAGGCAGAAAAAGAUGAUGGCACUUCAGUAUUACAGCUGCAGAAAGCCACUGUAGUACUUGAAGAUUUAAACAAACUUUACCAAAAUACAGAAGGAGAGAGUAACACUCCAGAAGUCCUAGAAUAUUCCCAGACAGAGGAAAAAUGGGAAAAGGAUAAAUCAGAUAAUAGUGAAUAUCAACUAUGUAAUCUGACAUCAGAAGAGGAAGAACAGCUAGAACAACUACGAAAAGAGGAAGAUACUGAAAACAAUCCAGAGAAAAACAAAAUGGAGGAUGAAAACACAGUUGAAGAACAGAAUGAACCCAAUAAACAGGACAUGACAUUUGAGGAGCAAAAACCAACAGAAGAUUUGGAAGAACAAAAUGACUUAGAAGUGACAGAGAUCGUAGAAGUUUAUAGGGCUAUAGACGAGAAUGUGGAAGAAGCAGUAAAUUCUGGAGAGCAUCCUGAAAAAACAACAACAAUGGCAGAUGAAACAAACACAAUUCAGGAGGCAGAAAUAGAUCACAAUAUUACUUUAAAAGAAAAGCCAAUGGACAGUGACAUAGAAAUGGGUAGUCUUCCUCAGGAGGCACCAGCAACUGAGCAGGAAGUCUUAGAAGAGGAGGCAUCAAUCAGCACAGAGAGAACUCUCAGGCGUAGAACAAUAAAAAUUCAGUCUCCACCUAGAAGAAAAUCGAGACGUUUACAAAAACAAGAGGCUGAAGCUUUUGAAGAUAAAACUAGAAACAUCACAAUAAGAGGAAAUGUAGUUGAUGAAAUGCAGGAAACACUUAGGAAAUCAACUGUAGAUUCUACUGAGGUCAUCCCAUUUGAAGAAGCAGAACCUGAAGAUAAUGUAGCAGAAAAAGGAGUUGAAGAAAUCAACAAGAUGAAGGACAAGGAAACAAAUUUAGCUGUGACAAAAGACACACCUGAGACACCUGAGGUGGGAGAAGAAGCCAAUUUAGAGCAAAAGCAAAAUGAGCCAUUGGUUAAAAAUGACAAAGAAACAACAGAGACAGAAAAAUCCAUGGAGAUUGACCCAGUGUUUGGCAAAGAGCAAACAUUCAUUGUAGGGGGUGCUACCUUCCAAAUAGAGAAGGAGGUCUCACAGGUGUCACUUGUAGAAGCGGAACCUAAUGAGGUGCUAGAAAAAGAUGUAGGUACUCCAGUGAUACAACUGCAGAUUGACCCUGUGUUUAGCAAGGAGCAAACAUACGUUGUAAGGGGGACAGCUAUUCAAAUAGAAGAUACAUUUUCAAAGGGGGAAAGCACAGAGUCCGAUCAAAGUGACAGUGAAAGGAUCACAAGGAGAAGUCUCAGGCUCGGUGCGAAAUCAGUCACAGCUACACAGAAGACAAGAAAAUCUACACGUCUCCACAAAGUAGAGUUGGACCAAGUGAAAGAGACAAAUAUGAGUAGAUAUGAAAAUGAAGAAACCUCAGCAACAACAGAAGAGACUAUGAAUGUGUGUAUGCCAAUAAUUACAGUAGAGAGCAUCUUGGAAAGUCUUGAAAUAGCAAAUACAAAUGUUGAAGUAAAUACAACUGUUGAACAUGAGACUUCUGAACUGCAGAUGGGUGAAGAAAUAAAUGAUAAAGAGGAGCCCUCUCAGAUUGUAGAAGAGGUCCCACCUAAAGAAGCAGAACCUGAUGAGGAGGUAGAGAAAGAUGAUGGUACUCCAGUAAUACUGCAAAAAGACACACUAUUACCUGUAGGUUUAAACAAACUUGCCCAAAAUACAGAAGAACAGAUUGACACUCCAGAAGUCCUGACAGAUUUUCACACAGAGAAACAACUGGAACUGUAUGAAUCAGAUAGAAGUGAAUAUAAAAUAUGUUACCUGAUAUCAGAAAAGGACAAACAAGAAAUGACAGUUGAGGAGCAAAAACCAACAGACGAUUUGGUAAGACAGGAUGAUGUAAGAGAGAGAGAGAAUGAAGAGGAAAAUAAGAUGGUCAUAGAUAAGGAUGUGGAAGAAUCCAGAUAUAAUCAAGACAUAAUCUUAAAAGAUAUUUCUUUAAAAGAGAAACAAAUGGAUAGUGACCUAGAGAUGAUAAGUCUUGGUCAGGAGGCACCAGAGGCUGUCCAGGAAAUCUUAGAAGAGGAGGCAUCAGUCAGCGCAGAGAGAAGUCUCAGGCGUAGAACCGUAAAAAUUCAGUCUCCACCAAUGAAGAAAUCUAGACGAGCACAAAGAAAAGAGGCUGAAGUUUUUGAAGAUAAAACUGUAACAGUUCAACUAACAGGAAAAGGAGAUGAAGAAGUGCAUAAAGAAGGAGCAGAAAUAGAUCAAGAGGGAACACUUCAAAAAACAACUGUAGAAGCUAUUGAGAACCUUAUCUCACUUAUAGAGGGAGAACCUGAUGAGAAUGUUAUAGAAAAAGGAAUUGAAGUAAUUAACAACAUGGAGAACAAGGAAACAAAUUUAGGGAAUGAGGCAAUCCGUGAGAUGGAAAGAGAUGAAGUCAUUUUGGAGCAACAGGAAAAUGAGCUAUCUGUUGAGAAUGAGAAACAAACAGUUGAAACAAAAAAACCCAUGGGGAUGGAUGAAGUUUCGGUGGUUAACAAGGAGCAAACAUAUGUUUUAGAGGAGACACCCAUUCAAGCAGAGGAGGAGGUCUUGCAGGUGGAAAGUUCUGAAACCAAUGAAAAUAAAAGUGAAAGGACCACACGGAGAAGUCUAAGGAUCAGUUCCCAAUCAGUCACAUCAACACAGAAGAUGAGAAAGUCUGCACGUCUCAGCAAAGCAGAGUUGGAACCAGCAAAAGAAGCAAAGAUGAGUAGAAAAGAAGAAACUUCUUUAAUGACAGCAAAGACAGUAAAUGUCUGUGUACCGAUCACCGUUGAGACCAAUGCGGAAAAUCUUGAUGAAGAUAGCAAUGUAAGUAAAAAGGUGCAAACUGCUUCAGAUGAGCAAGACAUAGACGUAUCAAUUGAUAAGGGAAGGGUGGAUGAAGCUUUGCCUGAAAUAUCUACAGAUGUUGACGAAGAUGAGACUAUGAGCUUAAUUAAAAUAACUGAAAAUGAAAUUGAAAAUGAAAUGGAUAAAAUGCAAAAAGAUGUAGAGGGUGGAGAUCAGGAAGAAGAAAAAGCAGAGCAAUCACAUGAAAACAAAGAGCAGGAACAAGAAGAAUCAGUGUUACUGGGUGAAAAUGUGGGGGACACCGAUCUGACAAAUGAAUUUAAGACAACAGCUGUGGAGGAGAUGGUUUCUUUAGAAAACUCAGAGCAAGAAGCAGCUUUCAUUACAAGAAGUCUCAGAUACCGAACAGUAAGAGUCCAGUCUACACCAAGAAGUAAAUCAAAACGCCUCCACAGACACGAGCUGGAGUCAGAAAGAGAAACUGAUCAUUUAAAUGCCCCUGUAGGGAAGGAGAAUGAGGCAUUAGUUCCUGAGAACAGCACUGCUGAAUUUGAAAAUUUGGAGACAAAAGAGGGAGAGGGCGUAAUUCAGACAAAUACAGAUGGAAAGUCAGAAAACCCAAAGGCAAAAGAUGAUACCUUUGAAAUUAUGGAAAGUAACAGUGGCAGCCAGGUAAACACUGAACAGAACAAAACUCAAGAAGAAAAUCUUGAGAGAGAAGAUAUGCCAAUGCUUAAUGAACAGGAAGAGGAAGAGGUUUCCAGUGUACAGAAGGAAGCAAAACCACUCCAAGCAAGAGAAAACGAGGGAGCCGCAGAAGGUGUGCAAGGAAGUUCGGCUGAUUUGGAGGAAUCAGCAGUGGAAAGGAGAUCCCUGAGAAAAAGAACGACUGUUGAAACAGCUGCUGCAAAGAAAUCCAAACGUCUUCGUAAACAAGAGCAUGAUGACGAUAGUGAGCAAGUCAAGGAGGCAGUUAUGGGACAAACCGACACAGUAGAAGUGACAUUUACAGAAGACAGUGUUGAGCUGAGGUCAGAUGCAACUGCAGCAGUUUUUGAGGGGAGUAAUUUGGGUGAAGAAAUACUAGAAAAUAUACAGAAAAAUGGGACUAAAUCAGACGGAGAAUGUAAUGUGCAUAAAGACACAGAGCCAGGUGCAGGUGAAUCUCAAGAGGAGCAAAAACAGAGCAGAUUAAAUAAAACCCAGACAGAUGAGGAUAAAGAAGAGGUUAUGACAGAUGAAAUAAUAGAGGAGGUGAUAGAGCAACAUCUUGAGCCCAGUACAAAUGAGGGGUUCACUUUAGCGCUGGAGGUAGAGGAAACUUCUGUUCAAGUAGAAAACAAAUCAGAAGAGCAGAGCAGAGUGGUGAUGGAGGCUCCAAAAGAGAUAUUCCCAUCUGCAGAAAAGUAUGAGAAAGGUGAAGAAAAUAUCUCUGAUGAUGACGAGAAAGGUCUUGCCAUUGGAAAGCAUGUUCUUCAGAGUAGCUCAGCUACUGCUUCAACCAAACGAAAAUCAUUGAGGCUACAAAUGCAUGAAUCCAAAACUAAGGAAGAUGAAUCAGAUUCUGAAUCAGAAGUACAACAAACAGCGAAACAGAGACAUGAGAGGAAAAGAAAAGCCAUUACUGACUCAGCAUCAGCACGCAGAUCCAAACGCCAUGUUAGGGCAAGAAUUGUUUAGCAGAUUAGUGAUUUGUGGCUCUUGUUUUAGUACAAGCCUUGUAUGCAUUGGGACCAACCAAUUAUAUAUAUAAUGUGAAAUUUUUCUAUUACAUUUUCAUACGCAAAAUAAUGCAAACUAUUUUCAACUACUAUAUAUUUUCUUCUGAAAUAUCUGGGCUUUUAUAAAACUGUUGUUGUUUCUUUAAAUUAGGAUUUACUGAAAUAAGCAUGUUCAGGGUAACAUUUAGUUGAUAAAUGUCUAACUAUAAUAUCUUUUCGUCACUUCUUUUUUUUUUCUAUAUUAUGCAUUGGCAAAACAUUAUAAAGGUAGUUUUUAAUGUAUAGCACUAUUUUUAUAUCCAAUUAAAUGAAACAUACAACAAUCCACUGCAUUAUGUCGGAUUGAAUUAAAAUAAUUUGUUCCUUAUUUCAGAUUACACAGGUGCUCACACAGCAUAGGUGCUUGUGUAAAACAUUUUUACAAUGUGCUUUGUGCUCUCGUUACAUACCAUGUACCUUUCAAAUGUGAAUUUGUGACACGUUUUGUGAUUGCAUUUUUUUCUAAUUAUAGAUUAUCUGCCACAACUGCCCUUGUUUUUAUUGCCAAUAACAUUCUUUCUUUGAAUUGAUUUAAGUAUUCUUUAAAUCUCACCUUUUUAGCAUUAUUGCAAUAUCUUUUAGGUAUCAAAUGUUUGUGAAUGUGUAAUGCUAUGGGUUUGUUGUUUAUUUUACUCUUCAUUCUGUUAGCAGAGCAGUUCAGGUAACUUUAUGUUUCAUCAAUGUUGAAAUGCAAAAAUAAUUUCUUUCUUUCUUUGACCUCUGUGCUUGUCCUAUGAAAAUAUUUUCCUGAACUGUGCUUUGUCAGUUGUUUUUUUCUUAAAUGUUUAAAUAAAGUCAUGAAUUGUCAAGGUUAUUAGAACUUAUUUGUGUCAGUUGUAUAUUGGGAUAGCCUUCAGCAUCCCUGUGACACCUACAGCACGUAAAACACGUGAUUUGGGAAAAGGGUGGCUCAAUGUUUGUGUCAGUUGUUUCACACAUUACUGUAUUUGUUUGAUUUAUUUUUAUGUUUUCUCUCACAAACAACACUCAUAGCAAAGUAGCUCUCAUAACUGUAUAACUUUAAAAUGCAUAAAUAAUAAUAAAAGUUACAUCAAACAAA